CGUUCCAUUUUCCAGCUGACUGUUCUCAGUGAGGAGGGCAGAGGGGAAAACAUCAAAGAAUCCCACAAAUCUAACUAGGAGCAAGGGGGAAUCCCAGACUGAAUCAUGUCAAAAUUAGUGGAGUGCGUCCCCAAUUUUUCCGAAGGCAACAACAAAGCGGUGAUAGAUGAGAUCGGCAAGGCCAUCUCCCAGACCGAGGGCUGUGUGCUCCUGGAUGUGGAUGCAGGUCCUUCCACCAAUCGAACAGUUUAUACUUUUGUGGGGAGCCCUGAAGACGCCAUUGAAGGUGCGCUGAAUGCAGCCAGGAGAGCUUUUGAACUCAUUGACAUGGCAAAACAUACAGGUGAGCACCCCCGAAUGGGUGCCCUGGAUGUCUGCCCAUUUGUCCCAGUGAAAAAUGUCACGAUGGAAGAAUGCAUUCACUGUGCCAAUCUCUUUGGAAAACGUUUAGCAGAUGAAUUGAGUGUGCCAGUGUACCUCUAUGGAAAAGCAGCUCGGAAGGAGAGUCGGCGGUCCUUACCAGCCAUCCGAGCAGGAGAGUAUGAGGCCCUUGCUGAGAAACUUCAAAAAGUGGAAUGGACUCCUGAUUUUGGCCCCACAAGCUUUGUUCCAAGGUGGGGAGCGACAGUGACAGGGGCACGGACGUUCCUCAUAGCAUAUAACAUCAAUUUGCUGUGCACAAAGGAGCUCGCACACCGGAUUGCCUUAAACAUUCGAGAGCAAGGCCGUGCUAAAGACCAGCCUGGUCGGUUGAAGCAGGUGCAAGGCAUGGGAUGGUACUUGGAUGAAGAAAAUAUUGCCCAAGUCUCUACGAAUCUGUUGGAUUUUGAAACCACUCCCCUUCAUGUGGUCUAUGAGGAGGUUUGCAAAGAUGCCAAGGAUCUCAAUCUGCCCGUGGUCGGAUCUCAGCUAGUGGGUCUGAUCCCCAAAAAGGCCAUGUUGGAUGCAGCAGAAUUUUAUAUUAAGAAAGACAAUCUUUUCAUCCUAGAGGAAGAUCAUAAAAUCAGACUGGUAAUCAACCGAUUGGGAUUGGACUCUCUGUCUCCAUUCAAUCCCAAGGAGCGCAUAAUUGAGUACAUGGUGGAGGACAACAGAGAAAGCGGCAGCCUGAUGUCUUUACCUCUCUACACCUUUGUGGAAAAAGUUGGAGCAAGAUCAGCUGCUCCUGGAGGAGGAUCAGUCUCAGCAGCCAUGGCUUCUUUGGGGGCAGCACUGGGCCUCAUGGUGGGGUUGAUGACAUAUGGGAAACGACAGUUUGAAGAACUGGACCCAGUUAUGAGGAAGCUCAUACCGCCAUUUCACCAGGCCAUGAAGGAGCUGGUAGUCAUGGUGGACACUGAUGCUUCAGCUUUCAGUGGCUACAUGGCUGCUAUGAAGCUUCCUAAGACAACACCUGAGGAGAAAGAAAGACGCACCGCAGCCAUGCAAUUGGGACUGAAAAAUGCAGUUGGUGUUCCCUUCUCACUGGCGGAAAAAGUUCAUUCCUUGUGGCCAUUCUUAAGAGAAAUGGCUCAAUAUGGAAACUUAGCCUGCAAAUCAGAUAUUCAGGUGGCAGCUAAAGCUUUAGAAGCUGGUGUGUUUGGGGCCUAUUUCAACGUUGUUACCAACCUGAAAGAUAUAACAGAUGAAGGCUUUAAGAAACAGAUGCAGGAGAAAGUCUCUCACUUCCUGGAAGAAUCCAAGAAAAGUUCAGCAUUUGUGCUAGGACAACUGGAGAAGCGGAAAAUGUGAAUGUUCGUGCUGGCACCUGCUUAUCUGACCAUGUGCAAUCCUGAUUUGCAAAGUGUAUUUGCAUAAGCAUCACAGCUUAUCUGUCUUUUCUAAAACUGUAGGAGUUUGUUUGCUUAUACAGCAGUGGUUCUUAAUCUGUGGGUCCCCGGAUGUUUUGGCCUUCAACUCCCAGAUAUCCUAGCAGUUGGUAAGCUGACUGGGAUUUCUGGGAGUAGUAGGCCAAAACACCUGGGGACCCACAGGUUGAGAACCACUGAUAUACAGGGUUCACUGGGCAGCAGUGUGCUAUAUGCUGGAUAUUGUACCCUGCUAACGUAGUGCUAAGGGCCUGACUUCUGAUUUUGGUUACUACUGUGAACUGCAGUGGCCUCAUUCUGACCACCAAGGUAACAGAACAGUUCAAGUGCCUGUGACUUCCACUGCUUAAUAUGUCUUAUAACUUCCAUUAAAAUGUAGGCUCUAAUACGAAAAAGCAGCUGAGGCUCAUCCUCUUUCAAUCAAAUUCCUCAUGCUUAUAUCAUAUGUUCAAUGUAUUAGGAAAUAAUCAGAAUGCCAGACACAUUUGAAAGAUUUUAUUGUAAAAUGGAAAUAAGUAAUUUUAAGUAUUGUGUCUUCUAAGUAAUAAUGGUUAUGAAAACUGUGACUGCAUCUCCAAACCACAAAAGUUACUGAAUUUGUGAAUUGUACCAGUGACUUUGAUGUCUGUCUCUCCCUGGUUGUCUUCAUGUCUGUCUUCCUGAAUGUGAUAACAGCAAAAUAUACAAUAAGGCAAUAAAGAGGGAAUGCCUUAAGAGGGUCA